AUGGCGACGAGGCUCGCCAGCUCGGUGCGGACGACCAGGAGGGCGCCAAGAUUGUCGGGCGGUAAUGAUGUCCCCGAGGCCAGCGGGGAGGCCGGGGCCGCGGAGCAGAUCCUCGCCUCGCUGAGGGAGUGGCGCGCGACGCUGAGGCUGCUCGCGCCGCGGGAUGACGCCGCGGGUGGCUCUGCUUCCGUCGGAGGAGGCGGGGCAGAAGACGAGGAGGAGGAGGGCGGGGUGGAGAGUUUCUCGUUCCCGCAGCUCCAGACGCCGCCGACCGUCGAAGAGGGGGAGAAGGUGGAGGUACAGGAGGGCGGAGUGAGGAGCUUCUCGUUCCCGCAUCUCCAGACGCCGCCGAUCGUCGACGGGGCGGAGGUUCUUGACGCCUUCACCAGCACCGAGGAGGCGAGGGAGGCGAAGGCCGCGGCCGAGUUCUUGGAGGCCAUCAUGGGUGCCAACACCGGGCCCAGGACGGAGGCAAUCAAGAAGGAGCUCUUCGUCAACCGGAGGGUGCUCGACCUCGCGGGGCUGGAGCGGUGGCUGCGGAGGGCGGAGGCGGUGGCCGAGCUCGCGUGGUUCGUGGACCUGUGCUACGACGAGGACAAUUCGGCGCCCUCGCUCGACCUCUUCGAGUGCGCGUUCCGGGCCCUGGAGGGCGCGUCGUCCAGCGAGCUCCACCGCGGUCCCGACGCGAGGAGGCGCUGGAUUGGCUCGGUGCCGGUGCCGGAGUUCUUCUUCUGCCCCGUCUCCAAGAAGAUCAUGGAGCAACCGGUCGUUAUCUCCUCUGGAAAGACAGUUGAUCUUUCAGCACUGGAGAAAUGGUGGAAGGAGAACGAACGCAUUUGUCCCGUGACUGGCGAGAUUCUCGCGCACACUGUGUUCAUCCGCAACAUCCUCAUCACGCUGUGCAUCUCGUGGUGGGGUGCAGCCAACAGCAUUACAGACGUGACAGCAGUCACAGAUCCACCUGCCAUUUCUCCCCAGGAGGAAGCAAGGUUCAAGCAAGUCACACUGAUGGCUCACUCCCCCAGAUGCUCCAAAGAAGCUAGGGAUGCGCUUUUUCUCUUCCACGAGCUCAUCGACAAGGAGAGCUCAUUUGUGCACCUGCUCGGCCGCCACCCUGGGGCGAUCGCGAAGCUUGCAUCCGUCCUGCCAGAGACAUGCCUGGAACCUGACCCUGAACUGGACGACAUCAUCCUCGGAAUCAUGGCGAAGGCGGCUUCCUACGGCCCCAACAAGGCGGCUUUCGGAGACGAUCAGUACGCCAUCCCCGUGCUGAUCGCAAGGGCAUGGCUGGGGCCAGUGCCCACAAGAGCCAAGUGUGCUGAGAUCCUUGGGCUGCUGGCCGACAACUACUACAACAAGAUCAAGAUAGGUGAGCUCGGAGGCUUUGCCGCACUGAUUGAGCUGCUCUUGGUCGGAGACAUGGAUGUCAAGAAGACGACGGCGUGGGCGCUCGCCAGCCUCUGCGAGGCCCAUGAGAACUGGAGCAGGUUCGUCAGAGAGGGGGUGGCGGAUGCCGCCAUAUCUCUCCUGCGGAACGACGGGCUAGUGGUCGAGACCCAGGCCAUCCUGCUGCAGGCUCGAGGCUUUGAGCUGGCCAUGACGCAGAUCCUGGAGAAGCUCCAAGAACUUGGCGGCGAAGAGAUGUGCGAGAAGAUGAGGAAUCGCCUUUGGCACAGCUUCAUGAUGACAGAACGACGACGAAGGUCGGCGGAUGUUCCUUCUGCAUCGUACUCGGCAAAGGCUUCGGACACGUCUUCUUGGUCGCCCUCUGAGGCGGGUGUGGAAGGGUCUGCGGAUCACGAGCAGACCAAGAAAGAUGUCAAGGCCAUUGUCUCAUGGCUGCAGAAGAAGUGCUACUACCCCUGGACGUACAGAUACAGGGAUUGACCUGACCAUUGGCAGGCAGGCGAAGAACCGACCAUUACGAGUGUGAGUAACUGAACAGAGGUAGGAGGCAUAGCUGUUUCUUGACUAAACAGAAAUACAGUUAGUUCCUGUGCGCAU